GUUUUUUCAGCAUCUGAUAGGCAUCUGAGAUCUUGGCCUCAUCAGGUAACCCCAGCGUCCAGCUAUAGAUCAGCUCCAAAACCUUCUUUUUAACUGGCUCUGGUGACCGUGAGCCCAGGUACUGAGUGGGAGAUUGAGGACAACAAUGUUUUUCAUACACGUCUCCAGAACCUUGUGAUGAAAACACAAUGCAGAAACGUAGACAAACAAUCAAGGUACAGUCUGUAGAAUCUUAGCAGCAUACAAAGAUCUGAACUCACCAGCAGGGCUUGCAUGGCUUCCCACUCCUGUGGUGACUGGAUCUUGUGGGCUAGGAGCCUGGUGGCCAACUGAGAGAAGCAGCAGCUCUGUGUCUCCCUCCAGCGGCAGCUAUUGUGCAUCUCAGCGAGUGUGGACCACAACAAGGAGCACUGCUGCACGUAACGGGAUUUGAUUGAAAUGUGCAGCCCCUCUAACAAGUAAAUCUGAAGUCCUGGAAGCGCUGCAGAUGUUUGGACGACACUUCAGCACAUUCAGAAGCUCGCUGUGGGGCGGAAAGUGACCUUGAGUCGCCGUGACUGAGGGGAACCGCUUGAGACUUCAGUUGUGACUGGAAACAUUGAAGUAAUGUAAAGUCGCAUAAUGUGCGGAUACCUUUGAUUUUAUCUGACAGAGAAACAUUAACAGUGGAAACAGAGCAACUUCCUUCCGGCUGCUUCACCAACUCGAUGCACAGGUUUUAGCCGCAGGUUUUCUGCAACCAAAACAGUAGUUGCAAGGGAAGUUGACGCUCGUUUUCCUGUUUUUCUUUUCUUUUCUUUGUCCGUUUGAUCUCCUCUAAGUUAGAAAGUGUUAUGUCCACCCAGCGCUCAUGUCUGAUCUCACACAAGAUAUGGUAUCACCGAGGGCUUUGCGAGAGUGGUGCCGCGUCUCAUGCGCUAAUUACCCCAAUGUGGAAAUAAAGAACAUGUCAACCUCGUUCAGAGAUGGACUGGCAUUUUGUGCCAUCAUCCACAAACACCGACCUGACUUGAUAGAUUUUAGCUCCCUCUCCAAAGAGAAUGUUUAUCAAAAUAACAAACUGGCGUUUGAGGUUGCAGAAGCAAAGCUGGGCAUCCCUGCGUUGCUGGACCCAAAGGAAAUGGUUCUCACCAAGGUGCCUGAUUGUUUGAGUGUCAUCACCUACCUCUCCCAGUACUAUCACUUCUUCAGCAGGAGGUCUUAUGGUCCGGCCAGUUUGAGGUCACCGCACGUCACUGUCUUAAACAAUCUCACAAAGAGUAAAACACCCGAUGCUCUGAAACCGCUGAAGAGCUCGACUCAUCUGGAAACUGGUAAAAAUCAUUUGUCCAACACAAGACCACGAACAGUGUGUUCUUUGUGUUUCAAGCCUGUCCACCUUAUACAGAGACAUGUAAUUGACGGAAAGAUCUACCAUCGCAGCUGUUUCAGGUGCAAAGUAUGCCACAGCACACUUUUACCAGAGUCUUACACACAAGGAAGCGAUGCUGGUUCCUUGAUCUGCAGUCACCAUGUAGCAGACGGUAAAAGUACUCGUGUUGACCUCAGUCACCAAAUUGGAUCAACUGAGAAUCAUCACAAAUGUCAGUUUCAGGCAGGUUAUUUUUCUUUUGGCGGACUUAGUAUCACCAGUGUCCCUCAUUACACUAAGAAAACAGAGUCACAGGACAGACUGGUUUGUAAAACACCAGACAUGGACGGGAAAGAAAGGCAGGAGAGUAGCAGAGAGGUGAAAGGCAGAGAAAACAGAGACUCGACUGUCGGACCAAAGAGCACGGUAAAGAAUCCAGCACCCCUACCCAGUGCUACAGACAGGACAGCCGAACAGCCCCCUGAGCUCCCGUCGCCGUGUCUACAAGUGACAGAGGGAAGUAGUCAGCCCGUUCCAGCACCCAGGCGAAUGUUAGAUUCGUCUGCCGUCCCUGUUCCUGCUCCCAGGACCAAAACUUCCCAGACAACAAACAGCUCCACUGCUGCAGGCAGUAAAUCUCCACUCAGUUCAUCUCACAUCACCAGCCCAACCACUGGUAGCCCUAGAGUGAAAACCAACCAUCCGUGGAUGGGCAUCAUCCAUCCCGGACCGUGGACACAGCUGCCUCCCGCUCCAGCACCAUUACCCACUCCUCGAUCCAAAUCUGUCUCUAACCUGCAGGGUCCCUGGUACAGACCCAAAGUGCCCCCUCCCAAUCCAUUUGGAGAGGACGUGGAUGAGGGCACUCAGGAGGAGGCUGUAAAACCUGAGUCUUCAGACCCAUCUCAGUCCUUAGUGGACUCUGGUCAUCCAGAGAAUGGUGGCAGUCUGACACAAACAGGCAUCUCCAUUUGUUCAGGUGAUGCUGAAAAUACUGUCAUUAAGUCUGAUGACAAUAACCUAAACCUACUGGAUAAACCCAUUCAGCCAGAGACUUCAGAUUUCAAAGAGGCUGGUGGAGCUGCAACACCUGACCCAGCAGAGGAAGUGGAGGCUUUCAGUGAACUAGCUGGAAACGCAAGUCAAAACAAAAAUGGAGAAGCAGCAGCAGGGUCACAUGUUGGUUCAGGUGACGCACAGAGUCACUGCUUCCCCAGGAGUCUCUCUGUCCCAGUCUUCACACCUCUCCACUCUCACACAGAGGCAAAUGAAUCUGUCACAUCAAGCCAAAGUAAGCCGGCCUGCAAAGAGAAUCCUUUUGAUCGAAAACCUCCAAUGCCCAAAUCAAAGACCUUCCAGGUCACCCCAUCUACACGGGCCCCUGCCCCUGGACAUGGAUUCCCACUCAUCAAGAGAAAGGUGCAGACAGACCAGCAAUUUUCUGUAGAAGACCUGCAGACAGAGAUGGGAGAACUGGAUAAACAUCUGGAGGCACUGGAACAAAGAGGACUGGAGCUGGAAAGGAAUCUGAGAGACUGUAAGAAUGCUCAAGAGGAGGAACGAAUGCUAAUGGACUGGUUCUCUCUUAUCCAUGAGAGACAUGUUCUGUUGCGCAGAGAUACAGAGCUGGUUUAUUUGAUGAAGCAGCAGAAGUUAGAGGAGAGGCAGGCCGAUGUGGAAUAUGAGCUCCGAUGUCUCCUUAAUAAACCUGAGAGCGACUGGAGUCAGGAGGAUCAAGGUCGAGAGCAGCAGCUGAUGCAAGAGCUUGUCAUCAUCAUCGAACAGAGGAACCAGAUCAUCAGCAGCUUGGAUGAAGACAGACAGAGGGAAAGAGAGGAAGAUGGACUUUGGGAAGCUUCAAUAAAGGACAAAGAGUUCCAGAAAGAGGGACUAAAAGAGCUAAAGAAGUCAAAAGGAAAGUUCAAGCCCGCUAAAUUUUUUAAGAUGCUGAGCCAUAAAGCAGAGAGAACCAAAGACUCUAAAAAGAGUUGACGUGCUGUUGUGACUGCAGAACUUUUGUACAGAUAAAAAGCUCUUACAGACAACAAAUUCAUUUAUACCUUUAGUUGAUAAAAGUGUUUUGUCUUUUACCACAGUGUAAACAGGAUGAAAUAUAAUUUCCUCUGUGCAAAUGACAGUGUUAUCUGUACAUUUUCUAUUCCAUGAUUCUUGUUCAUCUACUAUAUAUGCAACCAGUAUUUAUGUUCCUUUAUAUUAUUUCAUACUUAGAUUAGCUGAAGUAUGCAAUAAAUAUUUAUUUGGGGAAGUUUCAUGUCUUGUUUAUGGAGAACAAUUGUAUGUUUUAUGAUUAAUCAACUUUUAUUUCAUCAGUUUUUUUGAGAUGCUAUUUAUGUACUAUGCUGAAAGUAGUGA